CAACGAUCGCAGCCGAACGCGCUACCCACCUGCGCCAUCGAGCUCCUCAACGUAAGAGUAUGCCAGGUUAUUCAUAGCCUUCACGUCACCCUUAACUUGUACGUAGUUAUGGCCUGCGCCGGCCUGCGACGAGGAACUUGUCAGCGGAGGAACUCGUCACGGACUCGAACGCUGUGCGAAUAUAUGUCGCUCCAAAAUUUUGAGAAGCACACGCUAUGGAAGAAAAGUUGAGGAUGUGAUCACUUUGGGAGCUCUCAGCAAAAUAAAAGUGCGCCCAUCGUGAGGACGCGAUGGUCUCGCUCUCAAUCUAGACUCCAUCGCAAAGUAUAAGAAGUAUGCCUCGAGACGUUUCUUCGUUAAAGCCGGGCAUCAUCCGAACCCCUUAGUAGUCAAAGCCUCUAGCUAUCACACGUCCGCUCUCCCGUCCUCCAAUCGUAGUUCCCUCUGAUUCCGUCGGCCUAGGCACGUCUUAAAUUGUCGAGGUGACAACGAAAUCACCCGCGCCAACGCGCCUCUGACUCCCCCCACACAGGCCACAAACGCCAACACACACAGCAUACUUCCACACUAGCUUAGCAUUAGGCAGACACCGCACCCGUAGGAUAAGAGUGCGAAGACCCGGUCUACGCACGACAUGCUAUAAAGGUACGUACCGGCCCCCACGACAACGGCCAACUAGAGCCGAGGUCCGAAUCUCAAAGACGCCCUGUAGUUGAGCCGACCCCCACAGGUUCGAGUGGUCUAGAGGCUUCAGGCGGAGAGGAGACUCCGUGGGGAAAUGCCAUCCGCCUGGAAUACCUCUAGAGGCACUCGCCAAUUCUCGGCUGGAGGUCCCGUUAGGAUCUCGCCGUCCCCAAACUAGGUGACGCUGUAAUGGUCAUCUGCGACCAACAGCAUACAGCUUCAAAAACAAAAAAAAGGACGCGACGAAUAGCUCCGCCACAACCCUAUGAUCUUUUGAUAAAAACCGACACCCUAUGGAUCUUGCGCUAACUUGUGGGCCAUCAUUCCAAUACAUACUAAGGUAAACCAACCCCUGCUACACGAUGGCCAUAGGUAAUGGCCCUAACCAUUCGCUAUAGUGUUGGCCAACUUGUAGAGUAGGCAUAAUGGGUGGCUAACACCCGCCUGGUUUGUUACCACCGUGCGCAUGGUGAAAAACCCGUUAAGUGCUUCUCGCGCGUUUCGGGAUCAGCCAGCGUACAACCAGGGCUCGAGUGGAGGUUGUCGCGACGGAUUCGGUCCAGGGCGAGGCAUUCGUCGAACCGAUGCCGGGAUGACUGCAUCGACCAGGGAGACCCGUAGAAACGGCUGUCCCGCUGGCCGCCCGUGGCACAGUACAGGGGCCCGAGCGUAAAAAAAAACAUAAUGAUUGAGAAAAGUAGAAAACGAUUUAAAUGAGAAUACUGGGUCCAAAAUGUCGUUGGGUCCAUCCCUUUAAAUUGGACCGUGCGUGCAACGCGGAGUCGCGAGCUAAGGUUCGUUGUAUGCGCUGCGCCUAGUCACAUGAUCACACCUAUUGACAUUUUUGCAUGAAUUAAAACUAGUAUUAGCUGAAUCUAGAUUUUGCAAAGCUACAAGUAGAUCUAAAUAAUCUGUACUACGGAGUCUGAAGGAAAAAGAGGACCCAGAAUUAUCAAAUAUUACCUAUUUAUGUAUAAUUUUAAAUUAAGUUAUUUAGAAGUGUUUUAAAAAAGAUUUCUGUUGACUUUGUUGACUUGAGUGUAGUUUGAAGACUAUGAAGCUACAAAUAGUUGACAUCCACUGACGGCAGCUUUAUUCCCUAAAUACCUUGAAAUAACAGCAAAUAACAAUAUAUUUGUAGUACAGGUGUCCUCGCUGAUAUUACCUCAUAUACGAUUUACAUUUUUUGUUUUUAAACACCUGUGUUAAUAAGCACGUGAGUUAGAAUAGAAAUACCUAAUCAAAAAUGUAUAAAAUAUUUGCCCGUGGUAACAAGAAACAGUAUAAAGACAAAGCGUGUAAGUCGGUGCGAUUCGAUCAUAUUAUAAAAUGCUAAAUUUCAAAUUCCAUAGCGUACAACGCCAUCUAUUGUCGUCAUCAAAUGCUCUUUGAAAUAUCACUAUUACUUAUUACGGCAUUAAAAUAAACUAUAUCUACAUAACUGAAUCAACUCUAGGGUUACCAACUUUUUCUAUCAAAUAUAGUAUUUUUAAAGCUGUUACUCUUAAAAUAUAAAAUAUUUACUUUAUUUUUAAAAUGGGUAUAUUUUUGCUGCUGUAUACCUUAAUAAUUCAAUUUUAUAUUUUUAAGGAAGCUCUUAUUGGCAAAAGUUUGCUUUUAAGCAAAAUAUAGUAGUUUUGUCUACUAUAUAUUUUUUUUAGAAAUAUAGUAUUUAUCCCCUAAUAUAGUAGAUACUAUAUAUAAUAACAAUAGGGUUAGCAAUCCUGAUCAAGUCUAGUGUUUGGACUACCGUACUAGCUACACAAUUAUUUUUUAUGAACUAGAUUACAUUAUCAGCCACAUGAAUGGAGAGAUAACAAAAUUAUCUUAAAAAUUUAUAUUAUAGGUAAUAAUCUAUAAGUAGGUAUCGAUAUUUGUGCAUAUUAUAAGAAAAAAAUGGAAACCGACUCAUAAUCAUGUAUAGAACGCCGAUUAUCCGAAUCAAUUGGGACCGGGGUCGAUUCGGAUAAUCGAAAAUAUGGAUAAUCGGACACAGACUGGUAAUAAAGAAAAACUAACUGUCACAUAGCAUAAACUUCAUUUAGUUUUACAAACACAGUUCUACAAUAAUAGAGGUACAUAGUAGAAAAACAAAAAUAAAAGUAAGAACAGAAAAACAUGUAGUGUCUGACUAUUGUAGUGUCUUGCCUCUAGCUUUCAACCAUAACCAGACCCCUCUUUCUCAGUGGGCACUUUGGGCAAGUGCCACGCGAUCGAGAUCGAGAUAAGGGGCCUCAGAUCAAGUCCCUAGUUCCUGUCAGAUCACCAAACGAUAACCAAUAUUUAUUACUAAAAACUUAUAUAAUUCAAAGAAAACGAAGCUAAAUUACUGACUACAAUACUAACUUACUAGCUUUUACAUGAGCGAAGCUAUUCUACUUUCGCCCAAAAAUUAAGCUUUCCGACUUCAGCAUGCUUAGAUAAAUUUAAUUAUAUAAUGGUGUCGAUUCUCGCAAGAUCAUCUAAACUUAAAACUAUAUUUAACAUCAGUCUCUUCUUUUCAUUCUCCAUAGAGAAUGACAGGGAUACACUGUUGUCAAAUUUAAGUUUAGCUUUAGAGAAUUAUGCCAGAAUCGACACCAAUGGCAUACUAAGCACAUAAACAUUUUAAAGAAAAAAAAUAUCAGUAGUACACUCAUCAGUGUGAUUCGCUCCAUUUCAAGUCAUUAUCCAUAUCAAAGUCAUAUCUUAAUAUGCCCAGGCCCUCUAAUAGGUUAAAGACGGCCCUGACCAUAACAGUUGAAAUAUAUCUGGACUCCAGCGAGUUCCAACUUGUUAGAACAAAACAAAACAAAAAUGAUUUUUUUAUAUUACACUUCGGACCGAUUCGGUUAAUCGGCGUUCGGAUAAUCAGUGUUUUACUGUAUUAAUGAUAGCGGAUAUACACAUGUAGAUUUAUAAUCAGAUUAUUUUUUAUCGUUUCAGAUCCAUAGAGGAUCAUCUACUACGGUAUAGGAAGCACUCACAAAGUGAAACUAGUCAAGACAGCGCCAUCUAUUGUACGUUAAAUAGAACAAUUCAAAAUCUCCGUGAGAUGAACAACUUCGAGUACUUAUAAAUGACGCUGAGACAACGCCAUCUGUGCAUCCGUAAACCAACUAAGUUGUCGAAACCGUAGCGCCAUCUGUUGAAUGCGGGGCGCGUCAAGUGCUCGAGGAAGAUGAAUUCAGCGCCACCUGUCGUGUGAACGAUGCCACGAUUAAAAUAUGCUUCGGUGUUGCGAGUAUUUGUGAUCAUCGGACUCUUCUGCCUGUGGGUGCAGAUUAUGCUGUCGGCUUCUAGCGGCGGGAUAUACAGGGAUGGAGAUUUGUCUCCCGACUAUGAUAUUAAAAUCGAGGUGCAAGAAGACAAUCGAAGAAAGAUUGGAGUUAACAGUUCCGAUAUUAAUGAACCAUCCCAAGAGGAGCUGAUGAAUGCCAACGAGACAUCUGAACAAGUGUUAGCGUUGGUCCCACCAGAACUUCACAAGUAUCUAACUGUGCAUCACAAAAAUGUAUCAGCCAACUCCACAGAGCGCGCGGGCCCCAAAAACAUCUCGGACAUCAUGCGAGCCAUCAACAGAUACAACGACGCACAGACCAUCUACAACGAGGACAUAUUCGGACCUGUCCAGAACGACACUAUCAUUAUAGCUAUACAGGUCCACACGCGGCUCACAUACCUUCGACACCUGAUAGUGUCUCUAGCACAAGCGCGGGACAUAGACAGGACCCUGCUCAUCUUCUCGCACGACUACUAUGAGGAGGAGAUCAAUAAUCUCGUGAGGAGUAUAGACUUUACGAAGGUUAUGCAAAUAUUUUACCCCUACUCGAUACAGACGCACCCUCACGAAUACCCUGGUACGGAUCCGAACGACUGCCCCAGGGACGCCAAGUUUGAACAAGCAGUAAAGUUGAAAUGCAACAACGCUCUGCACCCAGACUUGCACGGCCAUUACAGAGAAGCCAAAUACACUCAAACCAAACACCAUUGGUGGUGGAAAGCAAACAGGAUAUUUAAUCAGCUCCAAUGCACUAUAGGACAUACAGGUCUAGUAGUAUUCCUAGAAGAGGACCACUAUGUCGCCGAAGACUUCAUACACAUGUUGUACUUACUAAGAAACAUGGCUGACAAGAGCUGCCCCCAAUGUGAGAUAUUAUCCUUAGGAACCUACCUCAAGACUUAUCAAUACCACCACAACAGUGAUAAGGUUGAAAUCACUCCGUGGCACUCGAGCAUGCACAACAUGGGCUUCGCAUUCAACAGAACAGUCUGGAACUAUAUAAUGGAAUUGGAGGACCAGUUCUGCGCGUACGACGAUUAUAACUGGGACUAUUCUCUGUUACAUUUGUCCCAAAACAGGCCGGGGAGGGAGAAGUUCAAAGUCAUACUUUGUAAGGGACCGAGGGUCUUUCAUAUAGGAGAGUGCGGCAUUCAUCACAAGAAAUCAAAUUGCAAUGCAUCAACAGUGAUAAGCAAAGUCCAGCAAUUGCUGAAAAAUGCAAAACCCUACAUGUAUCCAUCAAAAGUCACAGCAAUAGUGACUACGGGGGGAGCUAAACACAACAAGAAACUCACCAAAGGAAACGGCGGAUGGGGAGACAUUAGAGAUCAAGAUCUGUGUAGUAACAUGACUAAAAUAGGUCGGCAGACUAGGAAGUACGUAUAUUAUGCCUAAUUAGGAAUAUAAUAGGAACGACAGAAAAAUAGAAUUUUAAUUCUGUUUCAAACGUAGGCCACACCAUGUGUUAUGUGCAGCUAACCGAAGCAAUUGUUUGCAGAGUGAAUUAAAUUAUGAAAAUUCAGAUGUUAACUUAAUCGAAUGCAAGGUAGGUUUUUGUUCAUUGUGUGACUGACGCUAAAGACUUUUAAAUAUGAGGCCAUGAGAACCAUAGUGGCCUAUCUUACUUAGGUCAGUAUGGCACCUCAAAUUUAGAUCAAAGACUAAAAAUCCGUAACAGUGAUUAUGCUGCCAUCUAGUGAAUAUUCGUUGUAUCACUUUA